AUGGAAGUAAAAAAACCCGUCCAUGUGUUCACCGGAAAGUCAUACAACGAAUGGGAAUGCCGUCUCCUCGCGUAUCUCGAAAUCAAAGAAGUAGCUGAGGUUGUCGAAGGCACCAUGCCUCCAACUCAUGCCGACUAUUACGCCAAGAAUCGCCUUGCCCGCGUGAUUAUCCUCUCUGCCCUUGACGAUGCCCAAGUCCGCAUGGUAUUCAAAGUCCGUGACGCUCCAGCGAUGUUAUCACGACUUCGUAAACGCUACGGCAACAAGUCGUAUAUGGGCGAAGCGUACCAUUUCCAAGCCCUGUUAAACCUCCGCAUCGGUCAGAACGAAUCUGCUCGCAGGCAGGUACUGCGACAGAUUCAAUAUGCAUGUUGA